AUGUCAUUCGUGGGAUCGGGGUUCUUGACCCCAUACCAUCAUCCCACUUCCUUCACCGGGUCGCCCAAGGACAAGUCUGCUAGACCGAGUCCAAAAGACGAAUACAAGACCCAAAAGCCAAAUGCCGUCGACACCUCCAGUCCGGCCUCCAGCGGUGCCGCCCAGGGGCGAGCAGCCCAGAAUCGAAAGCGCCUCGUUUUCGCCGAUCCCGUCGCUUUUCGCUACCUGGAAGAAGAUCCGGCGACUGAUGCUAUAGAACGAUGGCGACGUCUCGAGGGGUAUGAGAUGUACGUGGUUGAGCAAUGGGCCUGUUCGAGAAGCCAUCCCACUUUCAUCAUUUGCACCUACACAGGCGACCCAUCACACACAAUAUUAGUGAACGUCCUUGCUGUGCCCAGUGACGAGAGCACCUGGUCUCAGAGGUUGCAGGUCUAUUUCCAAGCAGUCUCUCAAUAUCACGCGAAAGAAAAAGACACGCCCCUGGGCGCACUCAUGGUCACCAACCUCAGUGGGUUUCCAUCAGCCCUUACUGUGAUCCCUGUUCCAGAUGGCGAUGUCAGGAAGCAUCGCGACGAUUUCAUUGUCAACGAGGACCUCAAGCGCAUGGGGUGCUCAGGGAGAGCGGGGAUCAACUUGCAGCCGCCUCAAUCCAGUACCGUCGCCAAAUUCCACCACCUCUACCGGACGAGUGAGGCGGUGCCAUUAUAUCAAUCUGUCAUGGAACUUGUAAGGACAUGCCAGAUCGCCUUGGUCAUGUACGACAAGCUCCAGCCAACAUAUGCCGAUGGCUUGCUUUGCGAUGUAACUGAGCGAGCCAUCAACGACUGGUGGACAGAUAUAGGGACCUAUUUCUACAAUGUCGAACCCAGCGACGGCAUUCUUGGACCGACCACGGUGGCAGCUCUUCUUGGGCUUCUUAUUGGAGCCUACAAUCGUCUCAAAGCCUUCGGAUCUCCGGUUGGAAAGGACGUCCUGGAUACCGUGUCAAUGAAAAGGGCCAUCGGCCAUUUCCAGAAAGGCCAAAAAAUGGAAAAGACCCGGCGACUCGACCGAGAGACUCUCGACCGUCUUCACAGGGCUACAGCCAAGAAUGCCAGCGGUGAAGGCUGGACGGUACCAAAGGCAGUCAAGUCCACCGUUGCUGAGCUUAGUGGCAAAGGAGGGGAGAUGGUCAUGGGCAUAGUGGGAGGCCGUGACAAGGCAGGCAUUUCGGAAGCUGAAACCAUGGACAUUGAACGUUUUGCUCAGCUGGUUACUGGCCCUAAGAUGAAGUGGCUCUGGCAAGGAAAGCCCAUCAAGUCGGGUGACCCGUUCGCCUGGCCGACUGGUGAUCUUGAUCUCAAAGGCAGAGUGUUCAGCACCGACGACCAGGGCAAUUUCCUCUGGACAGGCAAUCAGCAUGACUCCACUUCAGACGGAAAUGUCCUUGAACGGACAGAUACGAUGUACACGAAUCAGUCGGACUCCAAAUCCGGCAAGCACCGUUUGCGAGGAGCUGUCGGGGGCCUGAGGAGCUCUAAUCAUCGUUAUCAGAAAGAUUUUGACGAGGGCCAGGAUUGGGUCGAAACCGCUGUGACCAGGUCCAAUCUUCGAGACCACACACUCAGGACGGCGACCGGGAUUCCGCAGCCAUCUGAACCUCGUGCUUUUGACUUGGCCUUGGUCAACACUGAUCCAGUUUCGCCUCACGCCGUGCAGCGCCAGCCCCUCCGCCGAACCCAGACGACUACCGAGAAGAGAAUACCAUCACAUCGGGAGCAAUUGCGCCCCGCCUUACCAGGCGACUCGCCCAGGAAGAAGAAGGUCGAUGCCGAGUUGGCCGACCUACGCAAUGAGUUCAAAGCAGAUAUCUAUCGCAACUUCUCCGCUGCUAUGCCAUAUAAAGGUCUCACUAGUCGAGUCCUUCGACGGACCCAGAGCAGUGUCCAACUGAUCGGCCAUACCAUCGACAGCCCCCGACAGAAUCGGAUUAACCGGCGUCUUUCCUUCAGCGUGGUAGAAAGCGCCGUUCUGGACACGGGCAAGAACGUUAUGGAGGAAGGCAUUGUGAAAGGCAAGAUCGAGGGAGACCUGACCAAUGCACUUGCUGAGCGCGACGCCCUGGUGGCCUCUCUCCAAAAGAAGGCCAAACGUAUCCAGCGCAUUGAGCAAGGUCUGAUCCCAUACACCGAAAGCCGAGUAGUCCACGUGGAGAGCCUGGAUCGAAUGGCUCAUCAACAUCUCGAAGAACUCAAUGAACUGUACUAUCAUCGACUGGAGGAGUACCAGACUCUACAGGCUACCUCGUCCGAUCUCGUGUCGCAGGAGAAAACGGCCUUGACAGAAAAUUUCCGACGCAUGGAAAUGCUGGGCGCGAAGAUGGACUAUGAAUUGGACAGCCUGCAGAGUCGACUGCAGGAGGUGGAGGAUGGAGUGGACGACUUCGAGAGGAACGUGGUGCUGAUCGAGGCGCGGGCUCGGGAGUUGAAUGGUGAAAAUGAAGGGACUCCGGCAAGUCCGUCAUGGAUGGCGCGAAUGCUGAACUUUUUGGGAACGAACAAAUGA